CUUAAAUGUAUAACAGUUAAAGGGAUAAUGCACCACCUGCCAGUAGUAAACUAUCGGUGGGGCAUCCAUACGGACGUAACAAUGGAACCUUCCAUAUGAAGAUCGAUCGAUUUAAAUAAAAGAAAAGUUGCGAAAUGAUAUAGAACAAAAUGUUACGUUCAAGAUCUCAAAGCAGCAUUUGGGAACAAGAAGCAAAGUUUGUACAAGAUCGAAUAUCCAACGUAGAGAAACAUUUUGCAGAAUUAUGCACGACAUUUGCGGCAUAUACAAGAAAAGCUGCUAGAUUACGCGAUAAAGGAGAUGAAAUAGCAAAAAUUAUCGAAACUUACGCUCAAUCGGAAACGAUAAAUCAAUCAUUAUCUAACGGAUUAGCAAACUUUUCUGCAACUUUGUCAGUAAUUGGGGAUUAUAGGGACGCUAAAGUGCAGAGAUUCGAUGCCAAAAUAAUUUCUCCACUUUCUCAAUACGCGACAAUCUGCAAACACGCUCGUGAUGACGUAAAAAAUACAUUUACAACACGCGAUAAAGAAUUGACAAGAAAAAGACAUCUAGAUAGGCUUAGGGAACGAAAUCCUAGAAACAGACAGAUGAUUUCUCAAGCCGAGUCUGAGCUCAUGAAAGCUUCUGUUGAAGUUUCAAGAGUUGUUAAAGGUUUAGAAGAACAAAUCGAUGCAUUCGAAAAGCGGAAAUUGCAUGAUCUGAAAACUGUACUUUUGGAUUUUAUUAUCAUUGAACUAAGUUUUCAUGCAAAAACUCUUGAAUUACUGACAAAAGGUUACCAGGAUAUUGCAGAAAUCGAUGAAGUUAAAGAUUUAGAGGACUUUCAAAUAAUAAGAGGAAACAUGAAUGGGGAAUUUCGUGAAGUAAUGCAUAUACCCGAUUCUAUUGCGAGAUUGCCUACCGUUGGACGAACUUCAUUUCGGCAGUCUUAUUCACUUACCAAUUUGGCAAGUCGUUUCAUGUCUUCGCCCGCAAAUUCUCAGAAAUUAGCUAAUCAUGCAAUCGAAUCUACCUCGAUUGAUUCUGCAAAGUCGAGCUUAAAGACAAACUCUUCAGAAUCUGUACAGAUUGAGGAAUUUAGAGAUAGUUCAGAAGAAACAGAGUCUGAAUCUACUAAAGAGAAACCUAUUGAACUGCAAGCUAAUUCUGGAUAUAAGGAUUCAACAAGACUUAUUGUCAAAACAAUACCACCAAUUCCUAUAUAUCAAAAAUUUCUAACAAUGCCUAUGAUGAUCAAGCAUGGGUGAUCUAAUAGUAUUUAUCUAGCACUGAAAUGUAUUGUAUAUUUUUACUUACAAACAGAAAGGAAAUAAAAUAUUCAUUAUACCACUACUUUA